UAUUGUGUGAUAUUGGACGGUGCAGUGACAGUUCAGAGGUGGAAGCUGCCUGAUCUAGUGAGGUGUGUGUCUGUGUGUGUCUGUGUGUGUGCCUGUGCGCAGGGGAGCUGCUUGAGGAGACGCGGUUUGUUUAUCCAGUCUUUAAGGUGGGGCGUUCUCUCCAGGUGCGCAGGUACAGGAUGAAGCAUCCUCCCGUUAUUCACGCGUCGAGAGGCUCAGCUCUCCAUGUCUUCACCAUGGACCUGAUUCGGUACAUAGGCAGCUGCGUGCCUUCAUUCUUGAUCGCCAUCGUUUUGGACGUCCUCGGCCUUAUUGUGCUUUUCGUCGGGAUAUUCGCCAACCUGCGCCUCGACGGCCGCUUCUACGGCGACUUCUUGAUCUACACGGGCUCCCUGGUGAUAUUCUUCAGCCUGGGCUUCUGGCUCAUCUGGUACGUGGGCAACGUGCGGGUGCCCGGGGACUACGACGACUGGGACAAGAGGAACCGCGUCGUGGAGCUGCUGGCGAGCAAGAUCUCCAAGAGGAUGAGCCAGAAAUCGAGACACGUGAAGUGCGUGGAGGACGCAGACUCCGACAGCCAGGUGGGGCCGACCCCUCCGGGCAAAGCCAGCAGGGUGACAUGGGGCAAAAACUCGGCCUACCACAACGGAGGCUACGAUGACUCGCUGGACUCCUCCACUUUCGAGAAUAAACGGGAGCAAAAAGGAGAAGGAGGAGGACAAGAAGAGGAAGACGUAGGAAAAGGACAAGAAGAGGAAGAAGGAGAAGAAGGAGAAGAACAGGAGAUCUGAGCUGCUGCCUCUCUGAAUAAGUAGCUUCAUAUAAAAUCGGGCCAGUUUUCUGCUCAUAUAUAUAUAUAUAAAAACAUAAAGCUGCAGCUCUGCACAGCCUUAGACUAUUACAACCACCUGUACAUGUUCCAGUCUGACUGACAUGUCUUUUUCGGCAGGCCCGGAUACAAGAUUUAUCCAAAGCCCAGGUAGCAGGCAGCAUCCUGGGGCCCCAGAGUCAUAAAAGCCCCCAAAGUGUCAAGGUUUGUCUCGCGGCUAUUAGUUUGUGGUUAUUUUGUUUAUUUAUUUGCCACUUCAGCACUUUAGAAACUCAAAGAACCUUGAGGCAUCACCUGCAUUUAUGUCCUAUAGAAGGGUCUAAAGUUAGAAUCAAGUUUUAGGUCAUUUAUCAUUUCAGUUUUGAGCUUAUAAAGUUGUUUUUUUGACUUAAAUAAAAUCCUAUUUAGUCAAGUUAAGUCAGUAAAGAGGCAGGGAUCUCAUUAGGUUAGCACGGCCCAUGAUAUAUAUAGAGACAGAGUCUAAAACCAUUUGUUUUUCACCAUAGCAUAAACUCCCCCUAAGCUCCUAAAAACUUUCCACAAUACUUGAAGUCAGUUUGCUGCUGACUGUGAACCGUACUGGACAAAUGUUCCUGUCUGCAGAUUCCUCCAUUAUUUCAACUACUUAUUAUUUUUCACAAAGGCUUUGUCACAUCUGAUGCAUGUGACAUACUUUACACAAGUUGUAGCUGCAACCAGAAAGAGUGAAGUAGAGUCGUGCAAACACACACACACACACACUGGUCAGACUGGUUUGUCUCUCGGUGUUGGUUAAACAAACCCGGGAAGUCCUCAGCAGAGGAUCUCAUGUGACCUGGGAACAUGUGUAACAUAUGGUAUGUUCUGGCGUAUUUUUAUAUGUGCAGAUGCUUAGAUUCGUGGCACACCUUGUGCAAAAUGUCAGCUCUGCCACAGUUUAGUUAAGGAUGAGCCGUGAAAUGGUCACAAACAAAGCCGCCACCACGACUGACGUCAUCAAAGUCGGGGGAGCUUCACAGUAAUUCAUCCGUGCUGUGUACACCUGCUGUCACCACAGGCAGGACAGGGAAGCGGAGACAAAUUGCAGCAGCAGGACUGGUCAAACAAGGGAAGUUUCCAUGACGUGCAUUUCCUCUUUUUGUCAGCAAGUCACUCCACAGUAGGCAGCGUUAUUGUAGUGAUGCAUGGGCCAGGGAUUGCUAAUGUUUAGUGAAGGCUUCAGUGCAGUGUAUCCACCCUGUGAAGUUAAAUAUCACGGGUAAACGUACACUUGGGUAAAUCGAUGGGAGCGAUGUCAAGAGGAGGCUUUGAAUCAACUGAUAAAAGAUGUAACACGCUGAUGCAGUGCCGGCAUCACUUAAGUUUCAUUAGCUGAAUAAACUAAUCCAAGGGUUAGGGGUUGGGGGUGAGGCAAAUUAAUUAUAUCAAGCUUAUAACUGCGUAAAGAGGACCUCGAUGGCAGUUGAUUAUGAAAUAUAUGUGCAUAAAUCUGUCACGCAGGUUUCAGACAGCGGCCUGAUGUGUCACAUUAAUGGUGCAAAACAGGUCAAGCCUGCAUAGGAAUGAAGACAGGCGGUGAGUUUCUCAGCCGCUGUUAAUGAGCACCACAACCUUUUGUUGUGCCUGGAGACCUGUCUUGACACUGAACUAUGAUAGAAAUGCGAAGGUGUGCUGCUGGUGAACGACAAUGAUCCACAGGACAGGAAAUCACUUCUGCACAGAGACUCACUCCUGUCAGACCUUGAGACGACAGCCACUCGUCCUUUUCUCUCGCUCAGCUGCGGCGAUGGAGCAGAGGGGGUGCGUCAAGUUCUUCCUGUCGCUGGCUUUGAUUCUGGACAUCAUCGGCCUCCUCCUCUUCUUCGUGGGGAUCUUUGCGCCGUUGAGUUUCUGGGACUUUUUCGUGCUGUCCGGGCCCCUGCUGAUCUUCCUCAGCCUGAUCCCCUGGAUAUUCUGGUACACGGGGCAGCUCACCGUGUCCGAGGACGAACUCAACCUGAUCAAACAAGACAUACUGUGACCACAGCGUGACAGGAGUCGGACUGAGUGGAAGAGACCGGACUCCUUCAAACGUGAGGAUGAGGAGGGAGCCGGCAGGCGGGACUGAAGCACGAGGGUGUUUGUCUCUGGCUCUCUGAACCCCUGGAGGUUUCGCCUCAGUGGAGGAUAUGUGAUAAAUUCAAAUCCAAACACAACCUGGAACACAUUUGAAUAAUCCUAGCAGAUAAAAAAAAAACUUUAUUCCACACUUUGACUUCAGGGUAAAAACAACUCCCCAUGUUGAGUGUGGACAGCAGUGUUGGGGUGGGAAAUGUAUUUCUCAGCACUUUUGGCCGGAGGAGGAGGCUUUUAAAGAUUGCACCAUGAUGACACCGUUUGCCUUAUUUAUGUGCUUGUUGUCAUCUUUGUACGUUCGGAAAUUAUAUUUAUGUUUGAACGUGUCUCUUGUUCAUGUGGGAUGGAUAAACUUGUGAAAUGCGCGACUAAACAUGUUUUCAAACGAC